AUGCGGAAGAACUUUGACACAGAUGACAAUGGACGCUUGGUAUCCGGGACACCGAACAAAGCCUUUCUCCAGAUUGGGGACUACCCAAGAAAACCGUCCAGUCACCUGAGCUUUCUUAGCUGGGAGGAGUACGUGGCUCUCCUUGGCUACAGGCUAAUCUAUAAGCAUGAGUACGUGGCGGGGCUGAUGAAGUCCCUUACGGACUUGAUCGCAACCCUGAAGGUGAUUAAGAUACCAUGUGCGGGCUUAUGCCAGUAUAUUGGAUUCCUUAAGCUCCCUGAUGAGUUCUGCCUUGACCUACAGCCUGGUGAUGUGAUGAAGGUGAACUUCAAUGUUGAAGAGCCAGAAUCACAUACCGACUGGCAUAUGUGUGUAGUAAUCCCACUGCCAAUUGCCCCUCUGAAGGCCGCCAUAAUCCUCCUGACUCAACCCUGGGACAAGGAGAAGCGGAAUGGGUGCACUUUAAUGACGACCUGGAACCCUUGGUAA